AUGUCGACCGUCACCGACGACUACGAGCUGGCGUUGUGGGACAACUCGUUCUAUUCGUCCGCCGCGGCCAUCACGCAGCUGUCGUCGUCGAACCACAUCUACAACUUGCAAAAAACCGUCAACAUUCCCAACUCAGAGCUGUCCCAACUGAUCGCAGCAGGCCUUCUCGAGUCGCCCUCCGGCGAUGCGGGCACGAGUGCUGCCAAGAAGAAGACGCUGCUCAUGAAGGUUUCUCCGUCCAUGCGCGCGUUGGAAUCCGCGCUCAAUUCGGACGCUCCGGCGAGGAGCGCGCCCGAGGUCAUCUUGGAGGAGAACGAGAGUCCCGACACACUGGUCGUCGACGGCAGCACGCGUGUGCAUUCGGCGAGCCAGGACGCUGGUCUGGCCAAGGGCAGCGUGCACUCGGGCUUCACUGCGGAGUCCGACGAGACGAUCCGGGCUAACUCCGAUGAACAGUCCACCAUGGACAAGGCACAGAUAAAACCUCUUCCGCUUCCCAAGACGGAGAAUGGGGCACAGCUGCAGCACAGAAUGAGCGGUGCGGCUGAAAAGUCUCCGCCCGUGCCUCGGAAAGAAGUCAAUGUGGCCCAACAGAACUUGAACAGGCUCGAGGCGCCUUUCGAGCCCAAGCCCGCGUCUCGGCCUGUAAAGUCGAUGCUCGACGCUGCUGAGGCUAGCCCCCAGAAACCUGCUCGUAAGGAACCUAAUGCUCUUUCAAGAGGCAUCUCUAGCAGCUCUGCUGGAGCAUAUAGCUCCAAAUCUUCAUCUGUGUUUGGAACUCCAAAGUCGUCUGCGCAUGCGUCUGAACAGAUCCCGCCAAGCAGCCCUGCGCCUAUCUCGAAGCGGAGCGCGACAUCGGGCGAUAUCCCCAAACUUGCCAGAAAUGCUUCUAGCUCGGCGCAGUCCACAACAUCCAACAGCAAGAGGUUCAGCUUCCGGGGCCUUUUCAAGCUGAAAUCAAAAAACCACUCGCUCAAUAACAUUAAAGAGGAGAAAUCCUCACAACCCAAAAAGAUCUCUGCCAAGUCGCCCUCGACUCCAAACUUCAAAGAGUUGGCCCGCCCCGAAAGCUCCAAAGAUACCGAACCGGGUCCCGCCGAGAACUUCAAAGGUAUGUUCCGCCGGCGGAAAUCACAGAGCAGCAUGGACUUUUUGUCCGAAGACUUGCCAAAGACAAUGACAAAGUCUGCUACUGACAUGGCCCUUUCCCUGCGGUCGAAGCCGCUUCCCAACAUCCAGAAUGAGCAAGCAGAUGAUCAGAGCAAAUCAAGAACUUUGCCGAAGCUACCCGAGCCAAGGAAAGCGACAACCACCGCGAAAGAAUCACCGCAAUUGUCUGACUAUGUUCCAUACAUGGACACUCCGGUAACAGCAGUUCUCAGCCGGGAGAGUAAUACCAUCAGAGAAGUGGACGAUUCAGACUACCUGCUAGGAGUUCACGAGAUUCAACCUGAAUUGAAAAGCGAGACCUGGGAGCCUCAAACGCCCGUGGCUGAUGUCACCGACGAAGUUUCACAAGAUCUACACAACUUGUCCUUGAUGAAAGACUCUGAGGACAUUUUCGGCUCACCUUUCUUGGUGCCAAUCCCAAACCAAGACUCCAGGAGAUUCUCCUUGCCAAAGCCUCUGAGCGACCUUGUGUCAGAGCUGGACUCUCGAUCCAGGCUGAAUUCUAAUAGAGCAUCUCUUCCAGUGAAAGAGCAAUUAGUCGGAGAGGCUUUGUUUCCUAAAUCUUUGAAUCCACAUGAAGUCGAAAGCAUCGUUUCGCUUGAACGGUCCAUCUCCAUGCGCUCCCUUCGAUCGAAUGGGAAGCGGAGCUCCUAUCUCAAUUACAAUGGUUCUGAUGAGAACAUUUUGUUGGGCUCGGAGGUCGGAGUCGUGCGCCUGGGUCUGAUGAAACGGUCUGGCUCCAUCCUCAAAAAUUCACUGUCAUCCAAGAGUCUCCGUGCCGAAGUGCUCAGCCUGAUUGACGCCGCUUUAGAGGGUAACACCACCGAAGAACAAGCAGUGUACUCGGAGCAAGGACAAGACGGUACCACCAACAACAGCACUACCAUAGAGCAUGAGACCAACAAUGGAAAGGUAGCUACAUCUGCAGCCAGCACGACAAGCUCUCAAGACAAUUACAGCGAGCUUAUCGAAUUCUCUGACUUCAUUGAUUUCGACAAUCUUGAUUUCAGCGCAACACACGAUUUCCUCGACGAAGAUCAAUACAAUGCAGCUAGCCCAGAGCCUUUGCAAGUUCCUACAUAUCCUGCCUCGGCGGAUCAAAUCGAAAUUUACGUUGAGGAUGAGCUGGUGAUGGAUCAGGCCGACGCAGAAUCUCAUACAACAUCUCCAAACCCGCUUCAAAGAAAGAUAUUCCAAAAACAAAGCGAGCCAGAAAUCAUUGCCAUCAGCUCAGGAACGGAUCACGACGAGCUCUCUCCUCUGCCUGAUCUCGCUGGAAAUACAGCUCCUGAGACGCUGGCUACUGAUGAUUCCAACCAAAGCUAUGACUACUCUUAUGGUAUUGGCAUCCAAGAUUCACAGCAACGCGAAAGCCCAAGUUUGGCGGCUCGCCCAUUCUCAAUGUCUUUCAAAGGCUUCAACGGUUCCUUGGGCAAAAGUAAAGUGAUGAGGAAACACGGCCUGCAUCAGCUGCUUCAAUUUUCUAACGUUUCUUCGGAGGAAUCCUCUGUCGUAGGUCAAGGAUUUGGUUCUUCGGAUGAGGAAUUCUCCGAGGACGAACGAGAGACCACGGACGACUUCACUAAUAGCUACAACCUGAGCCCCAAUGAGUCCAGGGACUCUCUACAGGCCAACCAGGAACAACGCCAGAAAGCAUCCAGCACGUCUGCAGAGCGGAGAAAACAACACCUCAAGAAUGUUCUCCAACUUCAACCCCCAUCGCAGAGCAUGCCGUUCCGCCAUGACCGCAUCCCGUCAAUAUCCGAUCAAAGCGCAGCGUCGAGUCCCAGACUGUUGACAUCUUUUAUCGGGCGACUCAGAAAGCCGCCUUCGCCAGCGGCUCCGCAACCCACUGUCCGCUUCUCGUCUCGAAUCAUCUUGUACGACACUUACCACCCAGACGAGUACGACAGACAUCCAGAUGUUGCUACAUGUAACCAGUUGACACCCCUUCUAGCACAACAGAUCAAGCUGGAGCUAAACGAAUUUAAGGCCGAGAUGACGAUCCAUGCCAGCAGCCGGGAAAACACCCAUUUCUUCUAG